UGUCCCCUCCCAGCGGCUCUCACUCCCUUCGCCACUGCAGUGAAAGCCUCGGUUACGGAGAGAGACAGCGAGGAGAGCCUGAAAGCUGGGUACAAAUCCAGGACUAGACCUCAGAAGAGGCACCACUACCGUGUUGUUGGUUUUUUUUUUUUGGUACCGUUCCCCCCCUCAGCUCGGCGGCCCGCUGACUCUUCCUGCUUUUCCGUUCACAUCGCCUGGAUUUCAUCAUCCGACCCGCAAGAUGGGAAAUGAAGCCAGUUACCCCCUGGAGAUGUGCUCACAUUUCGAUGCUGAUGAGAUUAAGAGGCUAGGGAAGAGGUUUAAGAAACUCGACCUAGAUAACUCGGGCUCGCUCAGCGUCGAGGAAUUCAUGUCUCUGCCGGAGCUGCAACAGAACCCUCUGGUGCAGAGGGUUAUCGACAUAUUCGACACGGAUGGGAACGGAGAGGUGGACUUUAAAGAAUUUAUUGAAGGAGUCUCACAGUUCAGCGUCAAGGGCGACAAAGAACAGAAACUGCGAUUUGCCUUCAGGAUUUACGACAUGGAUAAGGACGGCUACAUCUCCAACGGCGAGCUCUUCCAAGUACUGAAGAUGAUGGUGGGCAACAACUUGAAGGACACGCAGCUCCAGCAGAUUGUGGACAAGACCAUUAUAAACGCAGACAAGGAUGGAGACGGCAGGAUAUCCUUUGAAGAGUUCUGUGCAGUGGUCGGCGGCCUCGAUAUACACAAAAAGAUGGUGGUGGACGUGUGAGCACCCUCUGCUUGCUGAAUCCCCCCCUCCUCGCCCUCGACACUCGCUUUCUCCACCAUCUCCGAAGAUCUGCUCAAGACGUCUGGCAAAACGCUCUGUGUGUAACUCAAUGGAAGUAUUCUCUCUCUUUAUGUCUAUCUCUCUCUGUGAAGCCGCUUUUUUCUUUUCUUUAAGGUUUUUAUUUCGGAAAAAAAACAAAACGCGGGCCUCGUGAAGCCAACUUUGAAGUGUUAUUGAACUGUAAAUCCGCAAUAACCCGGUCGUAGCACUUUAAGAGACUGAAGGACAUCCAUUUGGUCAUUUGCAGGAGCAUUUCUGGGUCGUGGAAGAGGGAGGGGCUAAUUAGAGGAGGGCGCAGUGAAGAGGCUGGUUGGCUUGUUCAUAUUUCAUCCUUUUUUUGUUGAUUGUCAUUUUGAUAUUUAUUUUGUCUUUUAUAAAGAAAAAAAUACAACUAUAUAUCUGCAUUUUUUUUCUUUUGAGAGGAAGUGUGUGGUGUAUUUACAUUUGCAGCAGUACAGCUAGAACGUAGGGUAUGAAGUGCCAACCAGAACAUAUCCCAAACCAGUUGAAGUUAUUAACUAUCAUCACUGCUUUCAUUCACGCCAGGAAAACCGGAGCGCGACGCUUCCAACUGCACGACUGCGAGGCAUCGUAAAUACAAACCCAAAUUUCGAAGCAUUUUUCUUUUUCGCCGUGAUUUUUUUUUAUUUUUCCCACUCAGUUUAAAUCGACCAGUAAGGCUUCCAAUCACUCUUAGCAACACUUCUCAUCUUUCUUUCUUUUCUGCCCCCAAUAUGAUUACUAGUUUUAUUUAUACGUAAGAAUGUGUUUAUAUUGUCGGACAUCCUCGCUGUUUCCUGUCAUGAAAUUCUAGCUAGGUUAAAAUAAUGCCAAGAAAAUGUCUUUCCAGAUAAAUAAAAAUUGUUUUAAAAAAAUCAUGGCUGCAAACUCAUAAGUGGUUUAGAGCGUGUCUGUAAGACAAUCUCCAAUGCAGAGAACGGCUCAGCAAUCGCUAACGAACUUGUUUCCGAGCUUUUCUGUGACGUUUAGCAGACCAUGCUGGAUGACCUUGGCAAAGCACCGCAGAGAGAACAAUUGUGAGAUAAGCAAUUUAAGAGACUUACCUGCAGGCAGCGGUUUUGUUUGUUUUUAAACCGAUAUGUGUAUAUAAGGUAAUCGAUGUGUGCUCAUCUUAUGGAACAGCAGGAGGGAGGAAGCUUUUUUCUCUGAAAUGUCUCAGUGCAGCACAGGACGAGUCAGUUUCCUUCAACGCAAAAACAAUCUUAACACGUUAGCAUGAUCAGUGUGCAAAUGGCGUUAGACUAGUUUUUAGGAUUUUUUUCAUUUUUAUCUCGUGCGUGUACAUUUCAAAAGUUGGCUUCCAAUCCCACUUUCUUUUUUUCUUUUUUGUCUCACAACCAUGUUGUCCACCUUCUCCUACACCUGUCGCUUUAAGCAGGGAGGGGAUACACUUUAAAUUCAGCAUUUUUUUUUGUUUUUUUUUCCCAAGUGGAAAAAAAUGCUUCCUACUAUAAACAGCAUUGGGAUAAAUGUCCGUUUUGCUUUGGAGGCCAACUGCUAGUUUUAACAGGAAUAUUCAGUCAGAUCUGGAGUGCUCAAUAGUUCCCCACCCCUGAGCUCUGCACGGCUUGGGCCUCCCCCUGUGCUUGCAUGACAUGGAAGUAUAUUUUUUGUUGUGCAUGUAGAUCAAUUUUUUGAAAUAAAAACUCUUGUUUACACAUGGAUGGUGAUGUUAAUAUAUUUAAGAAUUUUACGGUAUACAAUAUGGAUGUUGCCAAACUUUGGUAAAUGUACACAUAUUAUGAGCGGUAAUCCAAAUGAAUUGAACUACAUGUAAGUUUUUUUGUAUUUUACCCGGGUCAGCGAGAUGCUUCGAUUCCAGUAAAAGUUGCAUAUCUGAUCCUGUCUCAAACUGCCACACACUGUACUCAGCUUAAAGGGGAAAUUUGAUUUCAUUUUUUCUUUUUUUUGUAUAUAAGUAUUUGUUAAAUGCAGUUCUGGCUCUCUGUUCUCUGUAUAGUUCAGACCGCGCUUUAGUUUGUAAGUGCUACUUUUUUCUCUGAGGGAAUCGGGUUCUUUUUAGUUUGCUUGGGAAUAUCUGAAAACGUUUAAGUUUGAGAACCGUUUUUCUGCAUGCUGCAUAUUAUGCUGUGGGACUGUUGGAAACUUGAUACUGUAUGAAAAUGAAAUAAAAUUUAAAUAAACUUUGAAAUGUUGAAAAUAA